AUGAACGUGGACGAGGUUGAAGACCGGGAUGGCGUGCGCCUCUCGUGGAAUGUGUGGCCCUCGACCAAGAUCGAGGCGACGCGCACCGUCGUGCCGAUCGCGGCGCUGUACACGCCGCUGAAGGAACGCGCGGAUCUUCCGCCGGUGUUGUACGAGCCGGUGACGUGUAAGCCGCCGUGUCGUGCGGUGCUGAACCCCUACUGUCAAGUGGAUGUGCGUGGCAAGCUGUGGAUCUGCCCGUUUUGCCUGUCGCGCAACCCGUUUCCGCCGCACUACAAGGACAUUAGCAACACCAACCUCCCUGCGGAGCUGCUGCCCAAGUACACCACGAUCGAGUACACGCUCAGCCGCAUGUCGCAGAUCCCGCCGAUUUUCCUCUACGUCGUCGACACGUGCAUGGACGCGGACGACCUCAAGGCGCUCUGCGAGGCGCUCGUGGUGAGCCUGAGCCUCUUGCCGCCGCACGCGCUCGUCGGCCUGGUGACCUUUGGCACGGUGGUGCAGGUGCACGAGCUCGGCUAUGAAAACUGCCCCAAGAGCUUUGUGUUCCGCGGCUCGAAGGACUACACCCCGAAAAGCAUCCAGGACAUGCUCGGCCUGACGCCAAAUGCGCGCCCUGCGCCGAAUGCUCCGGGCGGGCCGAGCCAGCCGCGUGCGGCGCCCGGCGGGCAGAUCGGCGCGACGCGCUUCUUGCUGCCGGUGUCGCAGUGCGAGUACCAGCUCACGGCGAUCCUCGAGCAGCUGCAGCGCGACCCGUGGCCGGUCGCGAACGACAAGCGUGCGCAGCGCUGCACCGGUGCAGCGCUCUCGGUGGCGGUGGGCCUCCUGGAGAGCACGUUCCAGAACUCGGGCGCGCGUGUGAUGCUCUUUAGCGGCGGUCCCUGCACGGAAGGGCCCGGCCAGGUGGUGAGCACGCAGCUGCGCGAGCGUAUCCGCUCGCACCACGACAUUGAAAAAGACAAUGUGCCCUUCUACAAGCGUGCCAGCCGCUUCUACGAGAACCUCGCCAAGCGCGCGGCGAACAAUGGCCACGCUAUCGACGUCUUCUCGGGCUGUUUGGACCAGGUCGGUCUGCUCGAGAUGCGUGCGCUGAGCAAUGUGACCAACGGCAACCUGCUGCUCGUCGACUCGUUCCAGAUGGGCAUCUUCAAGCAGUCCUUUAACAAGAUCUUUGACAAGGACGAGAACGGCAAUUUGCAGAUGGGCUUCAACGCGACGCUCGACGUGCAGUGCACCAAGGAGCUCAAGGUUUCGGGCCUGAUUGGCCACGCGAUCUCCGCGCAGAAGAAGUCGGCGUGCGUCGGCGAGACAGAGAUUGGCAUCGGCGGCACGUCCGCAUGGCGCCUGUGCUCGCUGACGCCGCGCACGAGCGAGGCGGUCUACUUUGAAGUCGCCACGCCGGCCGGCCAGCCACUGCAGCCCGGCUCGCGGGGACUGAUCCAGUUCGUGACGCACUACCAGCACGCCUCGGGCCAGUUCCGCCUGCGCGUCACGACGAUCGCGCGCAACUUUUCCGACGCAGAUUCCGGCCAGAUCGCCCUGUCCUUCGACCAGGAGGCCGCCGCGGUGCUCAUGGCGCGUAUCGCCGUGUUCAAGGCCGAGAUCGACGACUCGCCGGACGUGCUGCGCUGGCUCGACCGCAUGCUCAUCCGCCUCUGCCAAAAGUUCGCCGAGUACCGCAAGGACGACCCUACGAGCUUCCGCCUGGGCGAGAACUUCAAUAUCUAUCCCCAGUUCAUGUUCCACCUGCGCCGCUCGCAGUUCCUCCAGGUGUUUAACAACUCGCCGGACGAGACGGCGUACUACCGCCAUGUGCUCAACGCAGAGGACGUGAACAGCUCGCUGAUCAUGAUCCAGCCGACGCUCAUGUCGUACGGCUUCGAGGGGCCACCGCAGCCGGUGCUCCUCGACUCGAUGUCGAUCCGCCCAGACGUCAUUUUGCUGCUCGACACCUUCUUCCACCUGCUCAUCUUCCACGGCGAGACGAUCGCGCAGUGGCGCAAGGCGGGCUACCAGGACCAGGAAGGCUACGAAAACUUCCGCGAGAUCCUCGACUCGCCCCAGGUCGAUGCACAGGACCUGCUCGUGGAGCGCUUCCCGAUUCCGCGGUACAUUGUCUGCGACCAAAACGGCUCGCAGGCGCGUUUCCUGCUCUCCAAGCUCAACCCGUCGACGACGCACAUGACCGGUGGUGCGUACGGUGCAACGAGCGGCGCGGCGAUCUUUACCGACGACGUCAGCCUCCAGGUGUUCAUGGAGCACCUCAAGCGCCUCGCCGUAGGCGCCAACAGCGGAUAA